UACAAGUUGACAUUUCAAGCUUUAUCUGGUUUUAUUGUUUGUAAAAGAUUAUAUCGAAUUUAUUUCUUAAAAGAAAUAUAUCUAAGUGUUUAGAAAAUACUAGUUAACGUUUCUAUUUCACUGGCUUUUGAUUUGAACUACACAUAACGUUACAUUAUGCAAUGAAUAUGCAGUGCAAAACUUGAUCAUUUAUGCUAAUUUGAUAUUUGAAAGGCUGAUUAUAAUAGUAGAAGAAGGACAGAUAAAAGAUAUACGACAUGUAAUUACACUAUGGCUGGAUAAAAGUAAACGGAAAGCAACACAAGCACAGAAUGUCUUGUAGACCUACAUCUACACCAUUCGGAUUUCAUAUCCCGGAAGGAAUGAAACCAUUUCCGUUACCCCUAAAAUAUGAUAGGCAGUAUAAAUCCUUCUCAGCCAAAAGAGCAACUUCUGAAGUCAGACAAGCUUGGGUCAAUGCACGUGGGAAUGAGAAAUUAGGGGAAAGACUAUCCGUUCGUCAAUUUCCUAUUUCGUUGCUAAGACACCAAGUGGAUAACAGACGAGUACACUGUAAAAGUGCAGAUCCGCAUUACUGGAUGUCAGACGAAGAUAAAAGGAGAGCAGCAGAUAAAAGAAAGAGUUUCGAACGUCAGUGGAGUGCAGAGGUUUCAAAGAGGAAUAAAACCCCUAGACCAAAUUAUACAGUUACGAUUCGUCCACCUACUCCACCAAUCCGUAAAUUUAUUACAGCCCCAUGUGUGAACAACGGUACGUUCUUCCGACUAGCUGAUACUCAUCGAACGAAAACUAGAGAAGAAAAAUAUAAAUCUUCAAGACACUUUGUAUCUCCGGAGUGGAAAUCUGAAAUUGUUUCUUGGAAAAGAUUUAAUAAUACUUCAAUAGAUAUUCAUAGAUAUAGUGUAUUUUGAGGAAACAUAUAUUUUUGGCGACUUAUUUCGCCCCUCGCUAUUGGUUCUCAUUUUCUAAGCAUGCUAAGUAGAGCUAUUUAAACUGAUAAAUUUAUAUACAUUUUUCUAGCAUAUCUAUCCGAUGAAUAUGGAAACCUAAACAAUGUACUGAAUUUGUGAAUACAAUAGAUUUUCCAAAACGGAAUUGCAACAACAUAUUGAAAUAUUUUAUAUUAAGGAAACUUUUAUAUAAUUCCUAUGAAAUGAAGACACACAAGAUAACAGAGCAAUUACCGUUGUAAUUGAAACUGUCGAAUCUCAAUCCUCUACUACUGCACUCAACAAAUUCAAAAUAUCAUUUGCACAUUCAUAUAAUUCCUAUAAAAGUUGUUGAUUUGUUAUUAUCGUCAGGUUUAUUUUUUUUUUUUAAAUAUAUUCUUUGUUUGUGUUUGUGUUUGUUAUGUAUCUUUUUAUAACAAUCUACUAACGUAUGCUUAACAUUUUGUUUAUAGUCAAGUCUAUUAACAUUUAAAGUGUAAAUGGCAAUGGCAAUGAGUUCUAAUUGGCUGGAAAAUGUAAAAACUAGAUAUUUAAAUAAUUGUCUCUAA